CUUCCUUUGGGUGUUGCUGUGGGAGUAGCAAUUCUUACUUGGUUCAUGGCUAUGGACUUUGAAAAAUUAUAUGAUUUCCAAUACAAGAACGAGAUUAUGAAUUGGAAAUCUUUACAAUCCGAUAUGAGUUCAUCUCUUUUGAAGAAUUUUGUAAGUGAUUACAUAGGUGGGAAUGAAAUAUCAAACCAAUGGAAUUUCCUGUUCAUAGACUACAAGUGUUGCGGUGUAGAUACAGUUUACGGGACUACUUAUGAUUUUGACACGACUCCGUGGUAUACAACUCAUGGUUCCUGUCAGCUGACAAAUUCUCAGAUUCCAAAGUUCUGCUGUCUUGGAGUCUCCAAGGAAAAUUUUCGUUCUGCUGAUGUGAAAUGUCAUGCUCAAGUCAGCCCACAACAAUAUAAUGAUAAGGUAGCUUAUAAACACGCUAAAUAUAACACACAUGAAGUUCACCGAAAAAGAAGGCGAAACGAUAUUUUAUUUAAGCCUUCAAAAUAG